AGGAAAUAAUUCAAAACUUUUAGCACCUUUUUUGACGCCUCCAAUUCUGUUGUCUCUAUUUCACAACCUUCCUGGGGCCCCACGUGUAGAGUCAAACUUGAGUGUUUAGCUAUGUUCUCUAUUCAGGCAGGGACUGGUUGAAUACUGCCUUUCAAAGCACUCCGGGAUCUGACUGUAUCCCACAUGGCCACCCUGGUGCCACUGGGCACAUCUUAGCUCCAAACGAGGCUCUUUUCUGUCUGCUUGCAGGUUAUGCUGAAGUGGAUAUUGGCCACACGUGGUCUCGAGGUACUUAUCCUUAGCCCCUGCCCAGAAUGUCCCAGUUAGCCUACCACUUCAGACUUGGGAGGGGAUAUUCCAUUUACAGACAUAGAUCAGCAUUGCUCAGUGGAUAAGCAUUGUGGUCCCCAGGAAUUAGUAAACCAAAAUGUCACCAUGGAGACAUUAACCGGGGCUUGACAGAGUGGCCCUGUCCUGGACUGAGGGAGGUAAGGGCGACUAAGGACCGUGCUUCUAGUCAGGAUAGAUCUCUAUGUCUGGACCCGCAGUGAUGGGUCGCCCUGCCUUCAGAUCAUCGUUGGAGGGACUGCUCUGCCAGGGCAGUUUAAGGCAGGAUGGUGGGUGCAAGUCUUAUGUUCAGCUCCCAGAGGGCACGUGUUGCGAGACGCGGGACCUCAGCCCAGCUCUUUUCCGCUUUCCAGGUCUCAUUGAGCUUUUGUCCCCAGGCCCGGUGGUCUGGAGUGGCCCUGACUCAAGCGUCCUCUCCUGGGCAAGGGUCUGCCUUCCGCCUCCCCAGACAGCUCUUACGACUUGGGCACCCGCCCCUCUCCCCGCCCCCCCAACGUGGGCCCGCCCUCGAGCCUGAAUCGCGGCGGGGCGGGGGGCGGGGUGGAGAGCGGCCGGGCGGGACAUCCGGCCCUGGUCCCUCGCUGCACCCGGGAGCUGGCCACCCACUAACCCUCCCCUCCCGAGAUCUCCAGCCCCAGCUGCUGUCGCCUCUUCAGCAGCCCCGAGAUCGGCGAGGUCUGCCCGGAUCACCAUGUUCCCUCGCCCUCUAACCCCACUGGCGGCCCCAAAAGGCGCCGAGCCCCUGGGCCGCACGCCUCGGCGGGCCCCAUUGAGUAGGGCCCGUGCUGGGCUCGGGGGACCACCCCUGUUGCUGCCGUCCAUGCUGAUGUUUGCAGUGAUCGUGGCCUCCAGCGGGCUGCUGCUCAUGAUCGAGCGGGGCAUCCUAUCGGAGAUGAAACCCCUUCCCCUGCACCCUCCCAGCCACAAAGGCGCGGCCUGGCGUGGGACAGCUCCCAAGCCUGGAGGCCUAUCCUUGGAUGCUGGGGACUCGGACUUACAAGUGCGGGAGGACGUCCGAAACCGGACCAUGAGGGCGGUGUGCGGACAACCGGGCAUGCCCCGGGACCCCUGGGACUUGCCGGUGGGACAGCGGCGCACCCUGCUGCGCCACAUCCUCGUAAGUGACCGCUACCGCUUCCUCUACUGCUACGUCCCCAAAGUGGCCUGCUCUAACUGGAAGCGCGUGCUGAAGGUGCUGGCGGGUGUCCUGGACAACGUGGAUGUCCGCCUCAAGAUGGACCACCGCAGUGACCUGGUGUUUCUGGCAGACCUGCGGCCUGAGGAGAUUCGCUACCGUCUGCAGCAUUACUUCAAGUUCCUAUUUGUGCGAGACCCCUUGGAACGCCUCCUGUCUGCUUACCGCAACAAGUUUGGGGAAAUCCGGGAGUACCAGCAGCGCUAUGGAGCUGAGAUUGUCAGGCGCUACAGGGCUGGAGCUGGCCCCAGCCCUGCGGGGGACGAUGUCACCUUCCCAGAGUUCCUGAGGUACCUGGUGGAUGAGGAUCCUGAGCACAUGAAUGAGCACUGGAUGCCCGUUUACCACCUUUGCCAACCAUGUGCUGUGCACUACGACUUUGUGGGUUCCUAUGAGAGGCUGGAGGCUGAUGCCAACCAGGUGCUGGAGUGGGUGCGGGCCCCACCCCAUGUCCGGUUCCCAGCCCGCCAGGCCUGGUACCGGCCGGCCAGCCCAGAAAGUCUGCAUUACCACCUGUGCAACGCCCCACGAGCCCUGCUUCAAGAUGUGCUGCCUAAGUAUAUCCUGGACUUCUCCCUCUUUGCCUACCCACUGCCCAAUGUCACCAGGGAAGCCUGUCACCAGUGACAGUGGGCCAGCAGCUUUUGGAGUUUGGUUUUAAUGACACCAGCUUUGAAGUGCCUUUUAGAGAAACGCAUGGCUCUGGGACUUGCUAGUUUCUCUAGAUGGUUCCAUAUCUCAGUGGCUGGGACCGUCCUCAGGCUGUCCUUGUCCACAGUGAGUGCCCACGGUGGCUCAGAGGGUAGAUCUAGACAGGAGGCCUACUGCUCUCACUGGUGGACUCUCUUAGGGCUUGCGGCAUCCUUAUCUGGCAGGGCCAGACACCAAUGUGUUACUAAAGCCAUGUGUUUGAUCUAAAGACUGACUCCAGGCCCCUGGCUGCUGGGUUUGCGCAGUCCACCUGGUCCGCUGUAACUACUUAACCUGUGGCCAAAUCCCAAACAAAGGUGGCACCAGCCAAGCACUUGACUGUGCCUAAGACCAAUGACUCUGACCCCCGUUUGCCCAUCCCAUGAACCUCACGACUGGAGUGAGCUGUGGUGCCUUAGGAAUGAAUUUUGAGCCUUUCUACUCCAGCCUUUAAAUUUCCUACACUUUCCUACACAUUUCCAUUUUUCCAAGGAAAGAAAAAACUGAAGUAGGGCCCUUACCUCACAGCUCUAAGACCCAGCCCCUCAAGCAUCCAAAGACCCCUGUGCCUGACCUCUUCCUAGGGCUCUUGAAGUAUCUUCAGUAAGCUUCCCUUCCCUACAAAGCCUUUUCUAUUGUGUCUGUGGCCGGUGUAUCUGGCUGUUACUUGUCUAACGCAUUUAUUUAAAGUGUGUAUAAAUAUAUAUGUAUGUUUUUUGUUUUAGUUUUUUGAGACAGGGUUUCUCUGUGUAGCCCCGGCUGUCCUGGAACUCACUCAGUAGACCAGGCUGGCCUCAAGCCCAGAGAUCUGCCUGCCUCUGCCUCCUGAGUGCUGGGAUUAAAGGCAUGCACCACCAUGCCCAGUUAAAUGUGUAUAUUUUGAUAAAAUCCUUGUAAGGGCUGACUUUUAAUAAAGCUGUUUUGUAUACAAAA